AUGUCAGUGAACCAAAUCGGCAUGGGACAAGACAUGUGGCUAGUGCCCUUCGAUAAUAUCACUAAAAUCCUCGAGAUAUUCUACUACACAGAGCUUCUCUACCUCGCAUCAGUCGCACUGACCAAGAUCUCGAUCUUGCUCUUCUACCUCCGCAUUUUCCCCCAGACAGGGCUCCGAAAAGCUAUCUGGGUUACGAUCGGGCUCUGCGUAGUUUACAUCAUCACGUUUGUUACUGCGACUGCCCUUCAAUGUAUACCGAUUCGGUUGGCCUGGGAGCGUUGGGAUGGUGAGCACCACGGAAGAUGCAUCAAUCUAAACGCCGAUGCAUGGUGUUCUGCCGCCGCCAACAUUGUCCUUGACUUGAUCGUCAUAAUACUUCCCAUGAAGGAAAUCAAGAAACUCGCAAUCAGUAAGCGCCGCAAAGCAGGCGUCAUGUUUAUGUUCCUCGGUGGUCUAUUUAUACUGCGCUUGAAAUACCUCGUCCAAUUCGCCCACACGGACAAUGUUACCUGGGACUACCUGCCUAUCGGAUAUUGGUCAGCUGUCGAAUCGCAUGUCGGCGUCAUGGUCGCCGCCUUGCCUGCGAUCCGCUCGCUCCAACGCUCUAUCAGCGAUCGCCUCUUCCCCAAACCAGUCACCGCUACCAGUUACUACGAAGACGAGACCAAGAAUAGCAGUAGAAAGGCCAGCCGGAAAGACUCGCAUUCUCACAUCUUGAGCUCUUUGGCCCGAAGUCAUAUUGACAAAGAAGAUUUUAUGCGAUUAGACGAGUAUGAGAUGGGAAUCGGGGCCGAUAUGAAAGACGGGCCAAGCAGCGUCAACAGCCCGACGUUGAGCCACUUUGAGAGAUCUCUGGGUCGCCAUUUCAGGCCGGAUGAUGAUGUCGCGCCGUUGGCUUUCGCGGGAGCACCGAUGAGCGAGCCAAUAGAUCAGCAGAGGGGUCACUCGAUGAACCCGUCGAUGGGCCGCAUCAUGGUACAAUCCGAGUUCAGCGUCAAUAGCGGAAGUCAUAUUGGGCAAGCUAUAAGUAGAACGGAUUCAGAAGAGUUGACGGAUAAGAUUAGGUGUCGAAUUUGA